CACACUCAUCAUGAUCUGUUUACCAGGAACUCCACACUACAGAGAAGACGAAGCUGAUCACACAACUGGGAGACGCCAAGAACCUCAUCGAGCAGCUGGAGCAGGACAAGGGAAUGGUCAUUGCUGAAACGAAGCGUCAGAUGCAUGAGACUUUAGAGAUGAAGGAAGAUGAGAUCGCUCAGCUGCGCUCCAGACUCCAGCAGACCCUCGCACAGAAAGACGAGCUGCAAGAACAGAAAGAGAAAUCCGAGAAAGCUGCAUUUGAGGAGCUGGAGAGAGCCCUGGGUGUGUCCCAGCGGGCGGAGGAGACACGCCGUCAGCUACAGGUGAGCAUGGAGGAGCAGGUGAAGCAGGUGGAGAAGGCCAGCGAGGAAGAGCGGAGAAGCCUGCAACAGGAGCUGACCAGGGUCAAACAAGAAGUGGUCACCAUUAUGAAGAAGUCCACCGAGGACAGGAUAGCAGAAAUGGAGCAGUUACACUCAGAGGCUAUGGCUAGCAAAGAACAGGAACUGAGUGCCCUGAUCAAACAGGCGGUGGAGCAGUGUCGUGAGGAGAUGUUGCAGUCGGCAAAGGAAAGAGAACAGCAGGAAUCUCUCGCUCUGGAGGAAGCAGAGCUGCAGAAAUCUGCAAUUCAGUCUGAGGGGGAGAACAAAGCCAAGGAACUACAGCUAGAGUUGGAGUCUGCCAGAACGAGAAUUCAAGAACUUGAGAGUUGUCUGAGUAGCCCAGAGAAGGAUUACGCCAAGUCGGAUGAUCUCUCUGCGCAAGUGGAAGAGCAGAGAAAGAAACAUGAGGCUGAAAUAGCUGCUUUAGAAGAGGCACAUAAGCAAGACCUGGAAAGGACAAAGACAGAGCAAAUAGCAGACCUCAACCAGCAGCAUGAUGUUGUUAUGGAAGAGCUCAUGCAAAAACACAAGGUAGAGAUUGAAUCUAUUCUGAAAGACAAGGAGGAACAGUUCCAUUCUCAUGUGGAAGACAUGAACAAAAAGAUGCUUGAUAAGCUGAGUGACAAACAGACAGAGAUUGAGACCCUGUCUGCUGAUCUCAAUGAAGUACUGAAUAUUAGACAACAGUUAGAAGAGAGGCUGUCCUCUGUGGAGGCCACCAGUGAAACCACAAGACAAGAGUUUGAGGAAAGACUUAAGGAAGAACAAACUAAAUAUCAGGUGGAGAUCGAAGCUGCGAUACAGAACCAACAGUCAUUUGCAAUGGUGGAGAAAAAGCUGAAAGAACAGAUAAAUCAGCUGAAGACUGUGUUGGAGGAGAAGGAAAAAGCACUAGAGGAACAUGUGCUCAGGGAAAAGACUUUGCACGAAAAUGGAAGUGCUCAGUUGGAGGAACUUCAUCUCAGGGCACAGUCGAACAAAGAGGCCCUUGAGGAAUCAAGAUCUCAGAUUAGCACACUUGCAGAAGAACUCCAGCAAACCAAGAAUCAAGUGAAAGAUCUUGAGCAAACCCUUGAGGCAGUGCGUAAUGAUUGUCAGGAGAAAGGAGUGUGUCUUGAACAGAAGACAAAUGAACUUCAGGAACUAGUGCAGAAGAUGGAGCAAGUCAAGUGGGACCUAUCUGAAAAAGAGAAUUUGCAUUCUGCAACCUCCAAAACAAUGCAAGAUGAGCAAAACCGCUUGAGGAAGCAGCUGGAUGACCAGAAGAGUUCUCAUGAGAAGAAACUUGAGAACAUUAGGAAAGACAUGGAUUGCAAGCUGAAAUCCCAGGAAAACAAAAUGGAGAAAUUCAAGCAGAAAGUCAAAGAAGCACAGGACAAGCUGAAGAAGAAGCUUCAGGAUCAAGAGGAGAAUGCCAAAGCUGAGUUAUCCAAGACAGUUCAAGAGUUAGAACGGAAAGACCAGCAACUGAAGGAGAAGAUCCUUGAGAUGGCACAAGCAAGCUCUGAGGGCCUCAGCACAAACAUGUCUGAUUUGGAGGCCAAUCACAAGGAGCACUUAGACAAGCUUAAGCUGACCCAUAAACAGGAACAGGAAGACCUUGUUCGACAUUGGCAGGAGAAACUCAACCAGCAUGAGGAGGAGAUGCAAGAAAAACAUGCCCAAUCUUUGCAAGAUAAAGUCCAAGAGUUGGAGGAGAUCUCGCAGCUGCUUUCGGCCAGCAGGGAAGAAAAGGAACAGAUCAUGAAAGACAUCCAGAACCUCAGGGAGGAGCUCGCCAUGAGGGAAACCACUGUGCAGAAACUACAGACAGAGCUCAGGGAAGCAGCAAGCAAGCUGGAAAGUUUGUCUGAAGGGGAAGGUAUAUUUAAAAGACAAGUCGAAACUAUGGAGAAGAAUCUAAACCAGGCCUUGAAUGAACGGAACCUUCUACAAGACGAACUGAGAAAGGCUGAGGAAACUAGUAAAGAGAAAUUGCAGGGCAUAUCUGAAGAGUUGAUAAACACUCAGCAAAAAUGUAGUUUGCUUGAAACAUCCAAGUGUAAAGAGGGUGAAGAUCUCCAGAGGACACUAGCAGAAAAAAUGGCUGAACUUAAAAAUAAAGAAAAUGAAUUCCAGACACAGUUGUGUACCAUCACAAAGGAGUUUGAACAAUGUUUUCAGAAAGCACAGGAUAAGUUAGAUGGUUUCUCUGUUGAGCUGUGUAAGAAAGUUGAGGAACGAGUUAGGGUUUUACAAAACCGGGUUACAGAUAAUCAGAAUAAGGUAACAUAUCUAAAAAAUAUUAUCAUGACGAAGGACAACAGAAUCAGCACUUUAGAGAAAGAACUUCAGCAGACUUUCGUCGAGAACCGUAACCUAAAGAGCUCUCUUGAUGAGGUAACUCUUGAGUUUAGUGCAAGUUCAGAGACUCUUAAAGCCUUACAAACCGAAAUGGAGUCUCUGCAAAACCACGCAGAGAAUCGCUCCCAAGUACUUUCUGAGAAAGACCUUAACAUUGAGCAGCUUCGCAAGGAGAACAAAAACAUAUCAGAAAAUCUCAACGCAAAUGUUUUGCAAAUCGGCAAUCUAGAAUCUGUCAUAAAUGACUUGAAGACCCAGUUAUCGAGUAGCAUAACUGAAAAAGAGGAAGCCAUAUCUCUGCUGAAUCAGCAGCACAGUGAGGACAAGGAGAGGGUAACAUGCCAAAUGGGGGAGAAGGUGGAAAGACUAGAUAAAGAAAAGACCUCGCUUCGAGAGCAGGUAGACUCACUCAGGAAUAAGUUCUCUGAGCAGAAAAAGAAGUUCAGUCAGAGUCACAGCACUGUUAAGUCUCUUCAAGAUAAAGUUGCGGAAAUGGAGAGACAGAUUUCGGAGAAGGACGAACAACUUCAGAUGCUCUCUGCCAGCGUUGACAAUCACUCUAUUAGUAAGUCCGAGAUGGACCAGGCACUUAGUGAGAAAGAACAGAGGGUUCAUGCCUUGACCUCAGAGCUGGAAAGCUGCUCAAGGAAAGUUUGUGAUCUGGAGGAGCAGCUGGAAUUGCGGACAAAAGAGCGAGAACAACUUGCAGCUGAUUUGCAGCAGCAACUUAACAUUAGGGAGAGCGAAAAGGUGGAGUUGAUGAAACAGGUGCAGGAAGCUCAGGACCAAAGCUCUCAAAGUGGUGCCCUGAUGCAGAAAACUGAGGAAAGUCUUCAGUCUUUACAGAAAGAAGUUGAAACAGCCAAGCAGGAACUUGAAACCCAGAAGAAUGACUUUGAGAGGGAGAAGGCAGAGAUUCUGAGGGCAAAAGAAGAGGCUGUUAAUGCAGCUCAGGAAAAGGCGUCCUCUGAGACGGCUGGUAAAGUAGCUGAGUUGAAGAAGAAGGCAGAGCAGAAGAUUGGCAUGAUUCGUAAACAGUUGACUUCACAAAUUGAGGAAAAGGAGCAGGCUAUCAAAGACAUGCAGAUGCAGUUGGAAGGUAUCAAGCAAACCCAGACUGAAAAAGAAGAACGUAUAAAGUCUCUAGAGGAAAUUGAGAAGACAAUGGAGGAGUCCACCGCAAAAUUAAAGGAAGAGCAUGCAAAACAUCUACAAGAAUUGCAGCAGAAAGAAGAUGAUGAAAGACAGUCCUCUCUGCAAAACUUAAAAGAUAUGUAUGAAGAGAAGCUUGCUGUUAUUCAUAAAGAUGUGUCUGCAAAAGAGGAGCAAUCUGCUUUUGCUGCAAGAGAAACUUCGUCCAGACUUGAGGAGCUUGAGACCAAACUUGCGGAGUCUAAUGAACAGAUUACAAACUACCAAGCUGAGGUAAGUCGCCUUAAAGCAGACCUGCUCGAACAGACAGUUCGAGUGCAAGAGCUUCAACAGACAUGCCUGGAUCUUCAAGAACAGAUUAAGGAGAAACUGAUUGAUCAAGUAGAGAAUGAACAGGUUUCUGAAGUGCAAAUGACCUCUAGUAGAUUAGGAAUGGAGCCUGCAAUGUUAGUGGCCGUGGAAAGCAAGGACACUUUCAGGGACCAAGACGAUUGGACGAGUCAAAAGGACUUGUUGGUGAAGGAAUACGAGGAGAAGCUCCAAGAUUUACAGCAGAGGCUCGAAGAGAAAGAAAAUCAGCUAAAAGCACAACAGAGUUCGCCUCAAGGAAACGGGGAGACUGAUAGUGAGUGCCUAAUCAACAAUACAAACACCUCAGAGAAUGAUCUUCAGAUAAAACUGGUAGAGGCUGAGAACGAGAAGCAGAAGCUCCACAAAGAUUACACCAGACUACAGAAAGACCUUCGCUCUCUAAGGAAAGAGCAUGAGAAGGAGCUGGAUUACCUGAAAAAGGAGAUGGCUGAGGAAAACGAGAUGAAGCUCAAGCUUGAAUUGGAAGACAUAGAAAUGAAACACAACUCUUCUCUUAAGCAGUUAAUGAGGGAGUUCAACACCCAAAUGGCCCUGAAGGAAAAGGAACUGGAAGGUUCUGUGAAGGAGACCAUUGAGAAAGCUCAAGAUGUUGAAUCUGAGCUUAUAAAUAGCCAUCGAGAUGAAGUCAGUCAACUUCAGAAAAUGAUCGCUCAGAAGGAAGAAGACCUAAACAAAACGGUACAGCGUUACGAGCAGGUCCUUCAGAGUCGUGAGGUGGAGAUGGGCGACCGUGUUUGGGAGGUCCAGAAGGAGUUAGAGGAUCUUCAACAGAGGAGUCUCAGCGGCCCACAGGGUCUUGAUGAGUUACAGGUUCAGCUUGCAGAAAAGACAACCAUGUUGAGCGAAGCCAGGCUAAAAGAGCAGGAAUACCAUGACAGGAUUCAUGCUCUGGAAGACAAAAUAAGACGCUCCCAUAAAAACACAGUGGUGACUCACCUGGGAAGCACAUAUCGAGAUAUGUCACACAACAGCACGGACCCCUUCUCCGAGCCCACCGAAUACGAGUACCUCAAGAAGGUCAUGUUUGAGUACAUGAUGGGAAGAGAGACAAAGACGAUGGCCAAAGUUAUAACAUCCAUGCUGAAGUUUCCUCCGGACCAGGCGCAGAAGGUUCUGGAGCGUGAGGAUUCUCGUGUGAUGGUGAGCUGUGUGUUUAGUAUGGCGAAGCAGCUGUGGGUUUAAACGUAACCUUCAAAG